AUGCUUGUUACCAACUGCUUGUUCCGUGUUGGUGGAGCCGCCAUUUUGCUCUCUAACAAGUCCGGAGACCGAAGACGUUCCAAGUACAAGCUGCUCCACACGGUUCGGACCCACACCGGUGCUGAUAACAAAUCUUUUAGAUGUGUGCAGCAAGAAGAUGAUGAGAAGGGCAAAACCGGAGUCUCCUUGACCAAAGAUAUAACGAGUGUUGCUAAAAGAACCAUUACCAAAAACAUCGCCACUUUGGGUCCUUUGGUUCUUCCCUUGAGCGAAAAGCUUCUCUUUUUCAUGACUUAUAUCCGCAAGAAAUUCUUUGACAGCAAGAUCAAGAAUUAUGUCCCGGUUUUCAAGUGUGCCAUUGAUCAUUUCUGUAUCCACGCUGGUGGGAGAGCUGUAAUCGAUGAGCUCGAGAAGAGUUUGAAUGUAGAGGCAUCAAGAUCAACUUUGCAUAGGUUUGGUAAUACUUCUUGGUAUGAGUUAGCCUACACGGAGGCUAAAGGUAGGAUGACGAAAGGGAAUAAAGCUUGGCAAAUUGCUUUAGGGUCAGGGUUAAGUGUAACAGUGCGGUUUGGUUGGCAUUGCGCAAUGUCAAACCUUCCGUUAAUAGUCCUUGGGAACAUUGCAUUUCCAAAUACCCGGUUCAGCUUGAUCGCUGAUUCUUUCAAAGUUUAUAAGUCUCUCCUCUAUACCCGAGUACAACUCUCUCUGGUUUAA